AUGAGCGCUGUGAGCGUAUUUCGGACCGCAGCCGCAAAGGCAAACGCUCGGUCUAUAUAUACUAUGUCUAUGGCUUAUUCUCUUGUCUCGAUCGAACAAAAUAAUUUGGUUAUCUUGUGAUUUAUUGUCUAUUCAAUAAUGGCUUUGCAUAAUUUUGGUGGUAUUACAUUUAUGUUGCUGUUUAUACAUCUAAAUGUAAUGAUCGCUACAGAUUAUGAUAAAGGUAGAAGAGAUCCAUAUGGUCCAUACCCUAGGAUACCUGAUAAGGAGUUGGUCAAGUCCAAUGGAGAAGCAAGUGUCGAUAAAACCGAAGAAGAAGAAGGCAGAUCAUCUAAAGACCUGCAUGUGCAAGAGAUUGGCCCUAUUUAUGGAGGUUGUGAGGGCCCAAAUGCCAUGUAUGUGAAACUGGUCAGUAGUGAUGGACAUGAGUUUAUCGUUAAAAGAGAACAUGCAUUAACAAGCGGUACCAUCAAAGCUAUGUUAAGUGGUCCUGGACAAUUUGCAGAGAAUGAAGCUAAUGAAGUUAAUUUCCGAGAAAUUCCGUCUCAUGUGUUGCAAAAAGUCUGCAUGUAUUUUACUUACAAAGUGCGCUACACAAAUAGCAGUACAGAAAUACCGGAAUUUCCCAUUGCACCCGAAAUCGCCCUAGAAUUAUUAAUGGCUGGCAAUUUCUUAGACUGUUAAACAUCAUUUGUAUUGAUCUGUUUCAGUAAUUAAAUUACAGAAACAAUGCAGCUUUAUUAUGGUCAUAUGAAUAUGUUUAUAUAUUGUGAUACUUUAGAAGUUCAUUUUGGAGCAUAAUAAUUGAGCAUAUCGAACUCUUACACUCAUAGUGACAUAGACAUUUUAAUGCUACAAGACAAUGCAAUCUUGAAGUUUUACAUUUAUAUAUUCUGAAUAUUUUAUUUGUAUGCUAUGUUUGUUAAUUUCUUUUUCCGUGUAUGUGUGUGUGUGUGUGUGUGUGUGUAUAAAACUCAUUAUAUUCAUCAUUUCAGUAAAAUUGUCAAUAAUGUUAGAAACAAAUCUAACAUUAUGUAUUAAAUCAUUAACCCUACAUUUAUCUAUCAUUAAUCAUACAAUUAAUAUCAUCAUACAAUUAAUUAUGCUAAAUCAAGUGUGUGUGUGUGGUACACACACACACACACAUACAGAGAGUGUACCCAUGACUCCAUACAUUAAGGGCUUGUUAUUGAAAUCAUUUAGAGUUGAAAUUGUUUAAUAAACAUAUGUCUAUAAAUGUUUCCUAACAGAACUACAGCCAUUGAAAAUUGAU